GCGAAGCGCUCUUAGCCCGGCACUACCCACUGCUUUUACGCGAUACGGGGUAGGCGCCCCGCGAGUAUAAGAUGGGUGCGUGCGUGUGUAUCUCACCUUUCCGCAUCUUCCCAGAUCUUCAAGUCCAACAUGGCGGAGCGCUUGCUUGACAUUCUGGGGUUCACGGCGUCGGCCGUGCUCAUGCUCCUCCCUAUCCCCCUCGUCAUCGCGACGCGCCCUCCGACGGCGCUCCGUGUUCUCAUCUUCGCCCUGCAGUUGCAACUUGCGAACUGGGGAAACAAAACGUUUACUCUCGAAGACACUUUCAUCACCUACUCUUUGGGCUGCCUGUACUACGGCUGGCCCCUCUUCACCGCCAUUCAUUUCUACUUCCUCACCGACCCAUUGACGGAUGGGACGCGGCAUAUAUACGAUACGAAGCCGGCCAAAGACAUGUCGCUGCCGCAGCGCAUCUGGUGGGCGACAUGUCUAGUUGCAUCGUUCCGCGGUGUAGGCUGGAACAAGCCGGUCCCCCACCUUCGGCAGAUCCCCAAAGGGCAAUCCCGAACCUCGUACCUCGUCGAACACUUCCUUUGGCUAGUGUUCUACUUCGUUGUCAACGACCUCGUCAACUUGUACAUAACCCAUAACCCCAUUACCUCGUCUCGCGCAGCCGAGCGCUUCCCCGCUUGGUCGCAAGGCCCGAUCUUCCAGGCGCUCAACUCAUACGCGUACUGGGGGAACAUCUGGUCGGGUUUCAACAUCCAGUACGAGCUGCUCGCGAUGGCAGGCGUCGCCCUCGGGCUUUGGGAGCCCCAGCUCUGGCCCCCGAUGUUCGGCAGCUUCUGGGAUGCGUACACCGUGCGGAGGACAUGGGGGCGCGUGUGGCACUGCAUCCUACGGAGGUUCAUCAUCUCCCAUGGCAAGUGGGUGGCGAACGCGAUCGGUGCGGUGCCGGGUACGAAGGCGUCGUCGUACGCGCAGCUCUACACGGCGUUCAUCGUUUCCGGCCUCAUGCACGAGGUCGGCGACCGCCAGCUCAACCGCAGCUUCGGGCAGUCCAUGAGCUUCUUCAUCCUGCAGGCGCUGUGGAUAACGUUCGAGGAUGGAAUAAUCGGACUGGGCAAGCGUUUGGGCAUCAAGGAGAGCAGGGCGACGCGGGCGCUGGGUGGGCUGACGACAUUCGUCUGGUUCGCGGCGACAUCGCCGGUGCUGAUGAAGGUGAUGUCGGACAAUGGGAAGCCCAUUGCGCCGAGUUUUCCGGUGUCGCCCAUAGGGGCGGCGUGGAAGGCGCUGGGGUUGGAGGAGAAGCAGGUGAUUCCGUGGCCAGAGCCUCAUUACUAGAUGAUAUGCAGAAAAUGAGACCUUCCAAAAACCGUAAAACUUUCUUC